GGUGGAGGAGUCGUGGGUGACGGUGGAGUCUGUGGCGGAGAUCUCGUCCUCCUCCGCCUUCGGUUACUGCAUGGAUCUGGAGGAAGUGAAGAUCCGCUUGGAUGGGGACACGUGUCCUGGGUUCGUAUCGGACGGCUGCAACCGAGUGGUGUGGGUGAACGGCGCCUACAGGAGGAUGGUGGGGACGGCGUCCGUCGUGAGGGUGGUGGUGGGGAUGAAGGAUGAUGAGGUGGCGGCGUCCUUUCAUCGCGAGGUUGGAGGAGGAGCGUACACGUGUUGGGUGAGGGUGAGAGGGGCGACGUGGAGGAAGGAGAUGGUGCCGUGUGACGUUUGGAGGGUGGAGAAUGGUGGGCUUGCAUGGAGGCUCGACGUUGAGGCCGCCCUCACCCUUGGGCCGGGUUCAGAAAUUGAUCGGGUUGGGGGUAUUACCCAAGGAACCCUAAUUGCUCCUUGAAAGCAAUAACCCACCAAGCUAGAUGCCUCUUUUCACGAUUGAUGAAGAUCGAUGAUUGAUCGUAUGGAGACAGACUUCGUCGAGGUGUACAUAUGUUACUGCAUACGUUAUCUAUGUUAGAUGUUAUUCAAAAUUUACCAAAAUGGUGGCAUUCAGUUGUUGAAGCUGCAUCUUGAUCUGCAUUCGGUGAUCGCUGGUUGAAUACCGAAUAUGGUGUAUAGACCAAGAAAAGCUCAACUGUGCAUUGUACAUAUAUGUUCAUGCUUGUGGUCGUUGUGGACCUUCGAAAACUUGAAUACCUUUGAUCAAACGUACAAAGUUGUAUUUUUAGAGAAGAUAACUACUUGAUGUUCUUAUGUGGAAAAGAUGGCAGGACCAAUUAUAUGUAUCAACGUUCUACAAACUGCGUG